AUGUCCUUCGAUUUUUGGUCGCUACGUCCGGAAUCAGUGCAUGCAUUAAUGUUUCUGUUUGGCGAUCGAGGCAUUCCAGAUGGCUAUCGCUUCAUGAAUGGAUACAGCCAGAAUCCAUUAAAACUUGUUAAUAAAAAUGGCGAUGUUGUUUUUGCUAAAUUCCACAUCAAGGUAAGCACUACCGCUUGUUCUACAAAUAAUGCAGCACCCUCCCGGAAGGUCCCAUUCAUAAAUCCGUUGAAAUUUCUAUGUUCUGAUAAAGGGAGCUCUUUUGACAUCCUGAAGGCUCAAAUUCAGUUGCAGUCAGCAGAAAAUGCCGUUAGCGCUGAAUGUAAGGUUGGCCGAACCAAUAUACGUAGUGCAGCGUGA